UUUGCCUGGUUUUGGUUUUGGUUUUGGCAUCCUGUUGUUGGUUUAACGGAAAGAUGUGGGUAAUUAUGUACGUGUAAAAUAUGGGAUGUGGUUCUACCAUCCCUGGCGUUGGGAAUGCUUUCUUGGAGAUGCCUCUUCUGGAUCGGCUGGUUUCGGAUCCGAGGUAGAAUAUUAGUCGAUUUGAAUAAUGGGUCGACACCUUCUCCAACCUUCGCUUCUCGUCUGGCCAUAAAGCUAGAACCAACUAAGAGAAGUUUAAUAAUGGCGGACUCUAGCACCUUUUCCCGUUCAUUGACUUGCUUCCGAUCACAUACCGACCAAAGCUCCGUAAACGCCCAAGAUCAAGCCAAUCAAACUGGGCAACGGUGCCCCUGGCCCUCGACUGCCUCUACGAGCUCAGCAACGCCAGCAGAGACUCUUCCCGAGUAUAUAGUGGUACAUGCAAUCGUCUAGCGUCCCACCCGAACCCAACAGCAUAACCAGCCAUCUUAUGGCAAAGUGCACCUCUUUAUCCCUAGCCAUGCAGCAAGUCUCAUGGUA